AAGAUUUGUUUGGUACACGUCAUAUGUGUCAGCUAGUGCCGUAAAGCAACAUCACAACGAAGAUCAAAUCAAGCUGAUUGGUGAAUCUUUUGGUUUCCUGCUUGCCACACUGUUGGCAAAAUGAAGAUCCUCGUAAAAAUAGCCGUACUAACCGCAAUAUCUCUGUGCCUGUUUCAUUUAGCCAACAGCCAAUCUUCCAAAAAUGCCCGCAGCCAGGGGCAACAAUCUCUCUCGGAGAAGGUUCAGCAGUUGCUGGACAUGAAUGCUAAGCGUCCGGUAAUGAGAUUCAAUGGCAACAAGUUCCGUGACUUCGUCAAGUCAGCUCCCCGUAAUUAUUCGAUUAUCGUCAUGUUUACGGCCAUGGCACCCGCCCGGCAAUGCGUGAUUUGUCGGCAUGCUCAUGACGAGUACACGAUUGUAGCUAACUCGUACCGCUACUCGCAAACCUACUCCAACAAGCUGUUCUUUGCCAUGGUGGACUUUGACGAAGGUUCCGACGUGUUCCAGAUGCUGCGGCUCAAUACAGCACCCGUGUUCAUUCAUUUCCCUCCGAAGGGAAAACCGAAACCGGCCGACACGAUGGACAUUCAGCGUGUUGGAGUAUCGGCGGAAGUGAUUGGAAAAUGGAUCCAGGAGCGUACUGACAUUCAGAUCCGAAUUUUCCGUCCACCGAACUAUUCGGCGACUGUAGCAAUAUUGAUGCUAUCGCUUUUUGUCGGUGGUUUCCUUUACCUGCGCCGAAACAAUCUCGAUUUUCUGUACAACAAGCAGAUGUGGGCCCUGGUUGCAGUCGUGUUCUGUUUCGCGAUGGUAUCCGGACAAAUGUGGAACCACAUCCGCAGCCCACCGUUUGUGCACAAGAGUCAAAAUGGAGGCAUUGCGUACAUUCACGGAUCCUCGCAGGGUCAGCUAGUGAUCGAAACGUAUAUUGUCAUGUUUUUGAAUGCGAUGAUUGUGCUCGGUAUGGUGCUUUUGACGGAAGCCGGUUGGCAGAAUGAUCACCGUAAAAGUAAAGUAACAGCAAUCGUGGGCCUGUUUUUAGUUGUUGUCUUUUUCUCGCUGAUACUUUCAAUAUUCCGUUCCAAAGCGCAAGGAUAUCCUUACAGCUUCUUAUUUAAGUGAGCUAUAGCGUAAGUAUAACAACAAAAACUCCGUCUAAAAUUACCGCACCAGGUGUGAACGCGUUGAUCACAUGAAUUGGAUAUUUAGUUGUGUUUUGUGCAAUCCUAAAAAAAUCUACCAUUUCCAUCUUUGAGCUAAUCACAAUGUAUGAACUCGGAAAUAUUAUUGGUAGAAUCUUACCACAUCUCGGGAAUCAUCCUCUUUGUACUAAAACAUGAAUGAUUUUUAGAGCCUAUAUUAACGAUGCGUAAUGAAUUGGUUGAAAAAGUAGUACACGAACAAAUAAAUUAGAAUCCACGUCAACUUGCUAGCGGAAUGUUGCUCAAAAUUACAAUAUUCCUUCUAGAGUUAAUCCCUUUAAAUGGCUGGUGAAUAAACUAUUGAAUUGUCGAUAAAGACACAAUCUAUUCGAAAA